UGAAAGAAAGUUGAAGAAAGUUUCUAUUCAUUCAUUUCUCAAAUUCGAAUCAAAACUUUAAUUUCAAAUCUUCAUCUUGUUCCGAGGUGUUAUUUCUUUAAUUUAAUUCAGUAGUCAUGAACAUGAAUCCAUUAAUUUCGUAUUUCACUCCUGAAUAAUUCGUACGAAGUUUCCUUGUGAUUGUGUUUCAUUCACAAUGCCUCUCUUCAACUCCGGCAGAUUGAAGCAAGGCAGAAAUGACCAAAAUAAUUUUACAAUUACCAAAGAAGACUCGGCCGAUCUUCGAAUAAAACAAUCCUUAGAAAAUGACUCGAUCGAUUCAAAGUAUGGUUUCAAUAGAGUUAAAGAUCAUAAAGAACGUACCGGAUUUCUCAUUAAUAUGCAUAGCAAUGAAGUCAUUGAUGAAGACAAGAGACUCAUUAGCGUUGUGGAUUAUUAUUUUAUUGAGGAUGAUGGAUCUAGAUUCAAAGUCACUUUACCAUUUCAACCAUAUUUCUAUCUUUUGACGAAGAAAGAGAAUAUUCAAGAAGUUACCGGCUAUUUGAGUAAAAAAUUUGCCGGGUCUAUAAUAAAAAUCGAGCAAGUUUUGAAAGAAGAUUUAGACUUGCCAAAUCAUCUAAUUGGAUUAAAGCAAUUGUAUUUGAAAGUGUCAUUUACCACGGUCACUGAAUUGACUAAAAUUAAGCAAGCAAUCAUGCCGAGUAUUCGAAAAAAUAAAGAAAGAGAAAAAUCAAACACAUUUUAUAAUGAAAUGCUCACGGAGUCAUUGGCUAAUAGAUCGGAUGCCGGAUCUAUCAAAAAAGUUACCGAUCAUUUGGAAAAUAUCAUUGAUAUAAGAGAGUACGACGUUCCUUAUCACGUCCGAGUGUCUAUAGAUAUGAAAAUUUGCGUCGGUGUUUGGUACACUAUUCAGAGUAGAGGAGCGAAUGAUCCACCCAUAAUUACCAGACGAGAUGAUAUAAUUGAUCGUCCUGAUCUGAUCGUUCUCGCAUUUGAUAUCGAAACCUCAAAACUACCGUUGAAGUUUCCUGAUGCGAACACUGAUCAAAUCAUGAUGAUAUCGUACAUGAUUGAUGCUCAAGGGUUUCUGAUCACCAACAGAGAAAUCAUUUCGGAAGAUGUCGAUGAUUUCGAAUAUACUCCUAAACCAGAGUUCGAAGGAUUCUUUACUAUAUUCAACGAACCGAAUGAAGAAGCUUUAAUAAAUCGUUUUUUCGAACAUGUUAAUGAUGUAAAACCUCAUAUAUUUGUAACAUACAACGGAGAUUUUUUCGACUGGCCUUUUGUUGAAACUAGAGCAGCAGUUCAUGGAUUAGAUAUGUCCAAAGAAAUAGGUUUUGCUAAAAGUAAAGACGGUGUUUACGCUUGUAGACCGGCGAUGCAUAUGGAUUGCUUAUGCUGGGUAAAGCGUGACUCAUAUCUACCUGUUGGUUCUCAAAAUUUAAAAGCAGUCGCUAAAGCAAAAUUACGUUACGAUCCAGUCGAGUUGGAUCCAGAAGAUAUGUGUCGUUUAGCUUGUGAACAGCCUCAAAUACUUUCCAACUAUUCGGUUUCCGACGCCGUGGCUACAUAUUAUUUGUAUAUGAAAUACGUUCAUCCGUUUAUAUUCGCUUUGUGCACUAUUAUUCCUAUGGAAGCCGAUGAAGUUCUCCGAAAAGGAUCAGGAACUUUAUGCGAAGCUUUAUUAAUGGUUGAAGCGUUUCACGCCAAUAUUAUUUUUCCUAAUAAACAAGAACAAACUUAUAAUAAACUUUCGGAUGAUGGACAUGUAUUAGAUCAAGAAACUUAUGUAGGAGGUCAUGUUGAAGCAUUAGAAUCGGGCGUCUUUCGAGCUGAUAUUCCUUGUAGAUUUCGUCUGGAUCCUCAAACACUUACUAAAUUGAUUGAUUGCGUUGAGCAAGCUCUAACUCAUGCAAUUGAAGAAGAAGAAAAAAUUCCCUUGAAAAAUGUGACCAAUUUUGACGAAAUAGUAUCAGAUGUGAAAAGCAAAUUAACGGAUCUAAAAAAUACACCGGGCAGACUCGAGAAUCCGAUUAUUUACCAUUUAGAUGUUGGUGCUAUGUACCCCAAUAUUAUACUUACGAAUAGAUUACAACCCUCGGCCAUGGUUGAUGAAAUGACUUGUGCCGCCUGCGAUUAUAAUAAGCCUGAUGCGAAAUGUCAACGAAAUAUGGUGUGGAUGUGGCGCGGAGAAAUAAUGCCGGCUACUAGAAGCGAAUUUCAGCGUAUUCAACAACAGCUGGAAAUAGAGAAAUUCCCUCCAAGAUUUCCCGGAGGACCUCCCAGAGCAUUUCAUCAAUUAUCAAAAGAAGAGCGAGCUACUUUUGAAAAGAAAAGAUUGAGUGAAUACUGUCGAAAAGUGUACAAGAAAACGCACGUUACUCGUAUUGAAGAAAGAACCACAACUGUAUGCCAGAAAGAAAACAGUUUCUAUGUUGAUACUGUUAGAGCAUUUCGUGAUCGAAGAUACGAGUAUAAGAAAUUGGGAAAGGGGGCUAAGCAACAAGUGUCAGACGCUGUAAAGAAAGGCGAUCCGGCUGAAAUAAAAUCAGCCAAAAAUCGAGAAGUUUUGUACGAUUCCUUACAAUUGGCUCAUAAAUGUAUUUUAAACUCGUUUUAUGGUUAUGUGAUGCGUAGAGGGUCUCGUUGGUACAGUAUGGAAAUGGGUGGAAUUGUGUGUUGCACCGGUGCUUCUAUCAUUACGAAAGCUCGAGAAAUUAUUGAAUGUGUUGGCCGUCCUUUGGAGUUGGAUACAGAUGGUAUUUGGUGCAUAUUGCCGGCUUCUUUUCCCGAAAAUUACACCGUAACGACAGAUUUACCGGGCAAAUCUUCCGUCGUGAUAUCUUAUCCCAAUGCAGUAUUGAAUUCUAUGGUCAAGGAACAUUAUACUAAUCACGCGUAUCAUGAAUUAGUGGACAAAGAAAACACGAAGUAUAUUAUACGUAGCGAAAAUUCUAUAUUUUUUGAAGUUGAUGGACCAUAUCGUGGAAUGGUGUUGCCUGCUUCCAAAGAAGAGGGGAAAAAGUUGAAGAAAAGAUACGCCGUUUUUAAUUUCGACGGUACUCUCGCUGAAUUGAAAGGAUUCGAAGUAAAACGAAGAGGAGAGUUACAGUUAAUUAAGAUAUUUCAGUCAUCCGUCUUUGACUCGUUUUUAAAAGGCGAUACAUUGGAAAAAUGUUACGAAUCAGUUGCUACGGUGGCCAAUUAUUGGCUCGAUGUGUUGUACAACAAGGCACGAAAUAUGCCCGAUUCUGAGUUAUUCGAAUUGAUUUCUGAAAAUCGUUCGAUGUCUCGAAAAUUAGAAGACUACGGAUCUCAGAAAUCUACAUCGAUUAGUACGGCGAAAAGAUUAGCCGAAUUUUUGGGUGAUCAAAUGGUCAAAGACGCUGGAUUAGCAUGUCGAUACAUAAUUUCUCGAAAACCGGAAGGUUCUCCCGUUACAGAAAGAGCUAUUCCGUUGGCUAUUUUCCAGUCAGAAGCGUCUGUAAAACGGCAUUAUCUAAGAAAAUGGAUGAAAGAUACUUCGAUUGAUGACAACAUCGAUAUUAGAGAUGUUUUAGAUUGGGAUUAUUACAUCGAACGAUUAAACGGCGCAAUUCAAAAAAUUAUCACCAUUCCGGCAGCUCUUCAAGGCCUUGAUAAUCCAGUCGAAAGAGUCAGACAUCCAGAUUGGUUACAUAAGAAGUUGAUGAACAAAAACGACGUUUGCAAACAAAGAAAAAUUAACGAUAUGUUCAAGCUUAAGCCAAAAAAGCCUGAAAAUGAAGAACCUGUCGUUGAUUCUGUCGGGUUUGAUUCUAUCCCAAAUAAUGACGUAAAUGAUACAUUUCCUGAUAGUGUUGAGAUUGCUGAUGAUACACCAAGUGACCCACCAAAUGUUGAAAUGCCUCCACCACCGGCUCCUGAUAUUGAAGAUAUCGGUAGAAAAACAUCUCCGAUGAAUUCGAAAUCUUUCAGGGUUCAAAAGAAAAAAAGGAAACGAGAUUCGCUUACCAGUGAUGUUAAUAAUGAUACGGCUACAUUUCAAGAAGCUCUUGGGCCUCCUCCUUCUUGCGAUGAUUUUCAAGAAUGGCUCGAAUAUCAAAAGAAAAAAUGGCAGUGGCAGAAAAAUCAACGUAAUUUUGUUCAUAACGGAAUUCAAUCCAAACGUUUCAAAGGAGGUAUGAAUACGCCUUUAACGAAUCGUCAAGAUCUUAGUGGAUUUUUCCGACGUACUCAAAGAACGUUGUUGGAUUCAUCAUGGGAAAUAUUACAAGUUUGUGAAACUGGUCAGCCAGGUGUCCUGAAAUUAUGGGCUCUAGUCGGAAAUGAACUUCACAAUCUUCAGUUGACAGUUCCUCGAACAUUCUACGUAAAUCAACGUAAACCUCGAGAAGAAAUUGAAAACGCACCUUGGGUAAAAUGCAAUCGUAUCCUGCCUCGAUCUAGACCAGUUUUCAAUUUAUAUCAAUUUGGCAUCUCUGAACGACUUUAUUUAGAAAAUACCGAUGAAUUGGUCGCCGAUUUAUCAGCUCCGGAUAUCGAAGGCAUAUACGAGACUCACGUGAAACCCGAGCUCAGAGCUUUAAUAAAAUUAGGAUGUAUGUGCGCAGUUGAAAAAGAGGAAGCUAAAAAGUUAGCCGCUGCUGGCUUACAAGGUUUAAAUUCCUUUUCAUUGGAUCAACUUCAGAUGAAAAAUUUACCAUAUUUGAAAGACAAAGAUUCGUUGAAAUAUAUCUAUCUCUAUUGUCAUCGUGCUCCUAAUAGUACCAGAGCCAUGUUUGGAUUAUUUAUACAACCAAAUCACAAAGCCGCUGUUUAUGUCCUGGACAGCGUACGAACUAAUCAGAUGCCUAAUAUGAGUACUCUAUAUGCUAACGAGAGGAAUAAUAAAAUUGAACGUGGACAUGAAGAGGCGAACCUGCCACCUAAAAAUUUCGAAUUUGAAGUCAGAGUGGAAACUGACCAACGUCAGAUUUUCAGACAAAUUCAGAAAAAAUUACAAGCCUACAGAGACGAAAGAAAGGGUCCAACCAUCUUAGUCAUACAGUCUCUAAUUGAUACUAACGUUCUAACAUCCGAAAUUCAAGACAUCAACGAUUUUCCUUACGUAUUACUUUUCAUGCAAGAAUCUCCCGAAUCCGUCUACUUGACUCUGGAUUGGCAAAGAGUUAGUGCUCGAACAUUGGUGAAGCAUUAUCUCAGCAGUGUUAUGAGUUUGCAAGUUUUGAAGGAGCAGUGCAGAUAUUUGCAUUUGCCUAUUGGGAACUUACCCGUUGAUCCUACUUUAUUUGGCGCGGAUAUCUUUUACUCGAGACACUUGCUCAAACACAAUUUCGUCUUGUGGAUUUCUGAAACCGAAAAACCAGAUUUGGGUGGCAGAGAAGCUGAUGAUAAUAGAAUGUUGACAGAAUUUUCCGAAAGUUCGAGUACUGUUGUAAAUAAUUCCAAUUGUUAUACAUCGUAUUGCGUGGAACUGGAAUUAGAUGGUUUAGCUGUGACAACAAUUCUGCAGUCACAUCACGUUCAAGAUAUCGAAGGAACAAGUUCAGCAGUAUCGUUCGAAGCUAUGCCACAAGCCUCUUUAGAAGAAAUGGUCGAGGGCACUACAGCCAUAUUACCGAGUUACGACGAAACUGCUUUAUGCUCAGCAGCUUUCAAAGUUCUUAGAUCGAUGGUGAAUGUAUGGCUGCGUGAUGUGUCUAUUCAUCAAAAUCCUUACGCCGAUUUCCAAAUUAUACAUUUCUAUCGAUGGAUACGUUCAACUAAUGCUCUUCUAUAUGAUCCAGCAUUAAGAAGAACGCUUUAUAAUUUAAUGAAAAAAUUAUUUAUGCAGCUUGUGGCGGAAUUCAAACGUCUAGGAUCGAUAAUCGUAUUCGCGAACUUCAACAGAAUUAUAAUUUGUACGAAAAAACAUUCUUUAGAGGAAGCCAUUUGUUAUGUGAAAUUCGUCGUGCAAAGCAUCACCAAUAGAGAACUAUUUCAUAGUUUACAAAUUACAUUUGGCCAAUGUUGGCCUUACCUUAUGUGGUUAGAUCCGUGGAAUUACGCUGGCGUCAAAGGAAAACUGCCCACUACGUUAGUAGAGCAUAGUACCACUUUGCUCGAAGAUGAUUUGGAUUUAACGAGUCUCACUGAAAACGACGAAGAUGAAAAUAAUUUCGAAAUUCAAAUGAAUUGGAAUAUGAUGGAAUUUUUACCUGAAGAUGGUGGGCUGAGGACGUACUUUAACGAUAUCGUUGCCGGAUACAUACACGCUAUUUAUACUCAUCUAUGUUCAAAUGACGCUGCAUGUGCUACGCCAAAAAGACGAAGAACUACGCUGUCUCAGUUGACACAGACAACUCAGUUAGGGGUUGGAGCUCACGAAGAAACAACUGAAUUUGCCAAAGAAUUCAUUUCUAGCGAAUUAACGGAUAAAUUAUUUUUAAUCACUCAGCGUAUUCAUAAAAAAUAUCCGGUAAUGGAAAUCAAAGAAGAUACCUUCGAUUCUCCUUUCACCAUUUUGCGGAGUAAAAAUGAAGUCAGACCCGCCCUCGAAUUUGUGAAAUCAAUUUGUAAAGUGCUGUCUUUGGAUAGUGCGAUCAACGAAGAUAUUGUUAAAUUACGUAAAAACUUGUUACGUUUGAUCGGCGUCGGUGAUUUUUCUGAUAUCGCUGUUUGGGAAGAUCCUUCCCUAUCUUGGGUUUUACCGGAGGUCAUUUGCAAAGGAUGUAAUCAUUGUAGAGAUAUCGAUCUUUGUAAAGAUGCUCAUCGUGUUAUUAUCAAUGGAAUAUCGAUGUGGCAGUGUCCGAUUUGUCAAACUAAUUAUGAAAAUUCUGUCAUCGAACAUAUGUUGAUCGACGCUUUGAAUAGAAAAGCGAUGGCUUACGUUUUGCAAGAUAUUCAGUGCAAAAAAUGUUUACAAAUCAAAAUGGACGACAUUUCGAAAUAUUGCAGUUGUUCAGGCUCUUUUAAAACUUUGAUCGAUCAAACUGAAAUUUCAGCUCAUCUGAAUACCUUCGGUAUGAUUGCCAAGUAUUUUAAAAUGUCAUUAUUAGAACAGAUGGUAGAUUGGAUCACUCAAGUGAAUAGAAGCUCGGCUUAAUGGUUUAUUUUGGCAAGACUCCGUCAAGAUGUAAUUUUUUCAUCGUCUCAUUUUUUUCUCUUCCUAUUUUUAAAAAUUUUAAAGUGUGAAUAUUUUUUAAAAAAAUCUGUGUAAUGACUUUUUUUAUACUACGUACAUAAUGAAUUAAAUUGUGAUAUUUUGUUUAGAAACGGGCUAUAUGUGUAAAAUGAAUUUUAAUAUUUUAUAGUUGAAUAAAUAUUCUAUUAUAAUU